AUGAAGUUCACUGUUGUCUCCCUCGUUACGGUUGCUUUCUUGUCUGUGGGCCCUGCAAUUGCGAUUCCCGUCGACAGCACCCAAGACACAACCACUGCCGAUGCAGCUUCUCGGACCGACGAUGCCACGCUGUCAGGUCCCAGUGCAACCUUGACUUCCGACAAGUCGGACCAUAUCUACACUCAUGCCCAUGGUCAAAAGGAAGCUGAAGACACCGAUCCCAACACUGACAAUGCCAUUUCUCAAACUGACGGUGCCAUGCCAGCAGGUGCCGGUGCAACCAUAGCUUCCCACAAAUUGGACCAUAACUGCACAGAUGCCGAUGCCCAUAAGGAGUUCAAAGAUGCUAAUACAGCCACUGCCGAUCCGAUGUCGGGGACCGAUGAUGCCACGGCAGCGGGUGCAACUAUUGCUCCCCACAAGGAUCAUAACUGCACAGAUGCUCAUGCGCACGAGAAGUUCGAACACGUUGGUCCAACCACUACUGCCACAGCUCCAGGCAGCGAUGGGGAGAUGAAGGCUUGGGUUAGGAGAGCUCCCGCCCAGCGCGGCACUCCUGACUCUAUAGAAGCCCAACACGCUAGUGCAGCAGAUGCUUCUUCCCCGGGCAGUCAGGGUAAUUCCCGUUCGCCCCAAGCUGACAACGCCCAAGAUGACAAAUGGAUACAUGGUACCUGCAAGCGAAAUAAAUGCACUGUAACCAUGCCAGGCGAAAACAAGGAACGUAAACCUGACUGCCAUGCAGACUCCCCGUGUUUAUAUCUUGGUUCUUGUGUCGUUAGUGUGCGCAAUCCGGACGUGGCAUUUUGCAGUUAA